GGUUACUUUCUUGCCUGGCAAAUUUGGGUGCCUGCAUCUAAACCAGGGGUUGGAAAUAUCUUUAAUCCACGCUGCAGCCCCGGCGGAGAUGCUGCUGCAGCUAGCUGGACUCAACAGGCAGGCUUCAUGUUUUUAAUGCUUUGGGGUUGAAGCGUUGGCCGGGUAAAAACUUUGAGCCAGCUGCGGGGCUUGAUGGUUUGUCGCUCUGGUAGCAUCUGGGCUCGGAAAGGAAGCAAAAGGGCUCGAACGAGGCAGCAAUGCUGGGAUCCCAGGGCUCAAAUCCUGGGGCUGAGGGGGAGUGGAGCACUUCCAUGGUGAACAAGUUGUUUAGUUCAGGAGUUAUGGGAUGGUUUUUAUUAUUUUUUUUCUUACAAAAAAAGGAAAAUCAGCUACUUUGUAGGGAGGGAGGCUUAGAGCUUUUGCUUGCAUCCGGAAGAGCUCUUGGGGGGGGAAAUGCUGUGCUCCUGGCUGCAGGUGGGGUCUGCGGAGGCUUGAGAGAGUGCGAUGGCUGAAACGCUGCCUUCGGUUCAUCUGAAAUUAUGUCAAACUGCUGAAUUUGUGGCAAGCAAACCACAGAGGUAGGCAGGCGAUUCUGGAGGAAAAAAAAAAAACACCAACGUGCAUCUCCUGCCUGCCCUCGUACUGCCUACUGGAACCUGGCUUCCUCCCACUGCAGCACCGAGGUGGCGGCGGAGCUGGGGUCCUGCUGAGGCUCAGCUCUGCAGAAAAUCCGCGUGCUUCCAGCGGCCACACGAGGCUGGGAAGGAAGGAGAACGCUGAAACGAUCGCAGCCGCAACCGAAACCGCAUGGCGUGGACAAAAGGGUCACUUGCCGGAAGGUUUUAGGAUGAUUUUUGUUUUCUCAAAAGCCAGGCCAGCAUAUCAGCAGCGGUCGGGACUUUGAGGAGUUCAUCCAAGUUUUGUGAUGUUUGGGGCUGAAAUAUUUUUAAGAUCUGAUUGCAUCCCAUGAUCGUGGGCAGGUUAAGCAUCGGUGAGUAACUGCUACGAGGCUUUCACUUCGUAACUGGAAAAAAAAACAACAACACCCUAAAAUCUACUUCUGCUUCUCGAGCCUUUUUUCGGUACAAGUCCCCAGGGUACCAAGGCUGUGUCAGCUGCAGCCCAGGCCACCAUCACAGGUGGAAAUAGGCUCCGAAUAUUUGUCCUGCUUCCCUGCAAACGCGCUCACAGCGGUUUCUUGGACUGCCCUCCCCUUGCGUCGAGCAUCACACGCGCUCUUAUCAGCCUAGAUGGAUCGCUGUCAGCAGCACAGCUUUGAGUUUUCUAGGAAAUUUAAUUUCUUGGUCACGAAGCCCAGAGGAGAGACAAAUGAACUCGCACGUCCUGCAGUCACGAGCCCACUUCGUGCUCGGCUGUCACGAAAUGGAGCCGGGCCUCCCCGGGGCGCACCCACGGACCUGCUGCCAUCAAAGCCAUCCGGGCCCGUGGAGCCAGCGCCUUGCGAAAUGCCGUCUGCCGAGUCUCCUGCCCCAAAGAAUGGCCCCGGGACGUGGAGAUCCACGGCUUUACUGGCAGGAAAUUCAGUUGCACGUUUCAGGAGCGCUGUCGAAAUCCUCGUCUGGCGAACCUGCUCGGUCUCGUCUCAGCAGCCUGGGUUGGGCACUGGGUUUUCCAGCGUCGGGACUCCAAUUUGUAAUUUUGGGGGACCAACACGUUGUCCCCAAAGUGCCUUCUCCCAGUGACUGCUGAACCUGAAUGUGCUGGAGACAUUUUCUUAGCUCGAGAGCAACCCCAGACCCUGCUGCACAAAGGUGAGGAUUGGCAAAGUAGGUCAGGAGAAUUUCUCCGCGUUAACCCCGGCUCAGGAAGCAUCCUCGUGUUUGAACCUGAAAAUUUCAAGGCUGGAAAACCCAGCUGCUGUGGGACCGCCUGUCCCCGCCUGUGCUUUCCUCAGCCUUCAAAGUUCACGCUUCGAUUCUGAUUUGCCAUCACCCUCCGGCCCUUGCACCUCGUUGUAAUUUUGUCCGCCCAGCUUGGGAGCCUGCUCUUCCCCCCUGCCCUGGGUGCAGCUCCUUUGGCAGCCUGUGAUCCUGGGGCUGUAAUGAGCCAAACGAGUUCAGCCAGGAUUGUCUCCAGCGCCUGCCUGUGUUGCAGGGCUCAAUCCACGGCGGUUUUGGAAGCGGCCCCCCCAUGGCUUUAGUCCACGGCGAGGGGCUGCCGGGACCCCCCCUCCUGCCGGCCCUGCUCGCUGCCCUGGCCCUGCUCGGCCUCCUGGUCUACGUGGGCGCCCUGUGCGCUGCCUGCCGCCGCCAGGGCAGGAGGAAGAAGGUCCCUCCGGACGGGGUGAAGCUGGUGGACGAGUCCCUGCUCAGGCAGACGCAGCUGCGCUCGCUCAGCAAGUCGGACACGAAGCUGCACGAGCUGUACCGGGUGAAGGCCAGGGAUGACAACCAGCGACCGGCCAGCCUGGAUUUCCCCCCACCCUCGGCCCCCCUGGGCUCUGAGUCCCUGCACAGCUCCGGCGUCAGCAUCCUCCUGCACCGCGAGCUGCCCCAAAUCCCCGUCCCCGAGCCCCCAGCCCUCGACCAGACCUACUCCAACCUGCUCUUCGCCCCACCACGAUGCCCGGCGCAGGACACGGUCUACGAGUGCCUGGCAGUGGGGGGGGGGGAGGACACCCCCGUGGUGCCCCUCGCACCCACGGGGACCCGGGGGUCCCCCCCACAAGCAAGGCGCGGGGCUGGUGACUACGCCUGCGUCCGCAAGGUGAAGAAGACGGCGCCCAGCGAGGAGCAGGAUGGGGCCGUGGGGGGGCCCCCUGCAGCCCCACGGUGCUGGGAGGGUGCAGGCAAUGCCCCCCCCCAGCUGAAGGUGGAAGACAUGUACUCCACGGUGUGCAAAGCCACCAAGAAGAAGAGCCAGGGCCCCGCUGCCUCCCCGAGGGCUGCGGGGCAAGGGGGGGCCGGGCAGUUGCCCCCAGCCCAGGAGGAGCCCCCCCAGGCUGGCUGCUGGUCCGCAGCCCCCCUCCCCGAGCCCUGCUACGAGUCCAUCAAUGAAAGGGCCUGGACUGCCCGAUCCCGAGGCCCCGACCCGGAUUACGAGGCGGUGGACGUGAGCUGGAAGAAGCCGGCGAAGCGGGACAGGGCGGGGAAGCCCGGUCCCCACGAGAACCUCUACGAAAGCGUGGGCGAAAUUUGGGCAGGGGGAUCCCGGCGAGCCUCCAGCAGGCCGGCUGCCAACGGGCUGGAGGUCUACAUCACCAACCUAUAGUACGGACAGACGGACGGACAGACAGGUGCCAUCCUGGCACACGUCCCCCAGGCUGGGCUCAGCCCCGCUCGGGGCCGGUGGUGGCUCGGUGGGGCCGGGCGUGCUGAGCUCUCUGUAUAUAUUUUAUGUUAUUUUACGUUAUUUUAUGUUAUUUGA